ACAUGCGUACACACUUCUCAAUUCCUGCUUUCUGGGAAUGUAAUCAGAGGUUGGAUUUAGAGCCUCAAGGCUCAAUUUCAUCAAUUCUUUCACCAUCGGAAAUCAAAUACUGUAGGAAUAAAGAUCGUUACAGUCCGCAGCUUGGGCACCUUUUAUUUACAUGUCAAACAUAUUAAUGCUUUUUUUGAAGCUCAAAGGGAUAUGUUCCAUUUUUAGCAACAUAUCGUAGUGUUAUUUCCUGAUUUUAACCCAAUUGGGGUCAUCGUUAACUCUCCUAUUUGUGCCUUUUUAAGAAGUGCAGCAUGGAGCCGUCUGAAAUCAAAGUCAUUGUUCACGGUGCGAGAAACUUAAAGGUGCGCAAAUCAAGAAGAGGAAAAUGUAAAGCAUCCGUCGUUUUCGGGAUUGGCGAUGAACGGUACCAGACAUCAGAAAUAAAGGAUUGCAACCCUGACUGGAAUGAAGAGUCUAUUUUUAGCAUCAUCAGAUCGGAUCAGCAAUUAGUUCUGACGGUAAAGGACAAAGAAGACGUCAUUGGCUCCGUCUGCGUUCCUUUGGAAGACAUCAGUAACUCAAGUAAUAAGAGACGAAUGUCACUAGGCCCUUACAAGAAACGUCCAAGCCUCGGAGGAGAGCUGAUAUUUGACUGCUGGGUCACAGGCUAUUCAAAAGCAAUACCGUCAAUUAUGCUUGAGCAUACUGAUGGAGAGGAAAUGAUGGAGGUACAGCAAACAAGUGGACGAAGACUGGACACAUUCCUAAAGCAUAUGUCUCCGAAAAUAUCACGAAAAUACAAGGAACAAAUGAAUAAUAAUCGGCAGUUUUCACUGCGUCGGUGCAACAGUACUCCUUUCCAGAUAGAUCAACUUGGCAAAGAUGAAAAAAAAGAAUAUGGCGAUAACCUUAUCGUUCAAACCACAAAUACUGAAAGUGUUUCAGAAGAAGAAGAAAAGGUACGUAAAAGUAAAAUCCAUGUGAAGCUUCGUAAAACGUUUGACCAUUCAAAACUUGCUCAGAGUUGGGAAAAACGUCGGUCAGUGUUAAAGGAGCCUAGAAUUACAGACGUUUUCCCAUGGACAGCGCACACUGGCGGCGGGACAAAGAUUACUAUUUCAGGUGAAAAUUUUGGUUGGCGAAAAUCUGAUAUCGCGUCUUUGAAAUUCUGUGACGUAGAGUGUAAAGAGAAUAUGAUGUUAAUUUCAACCAAAAAGUUAGAGUGUUGCCCGCCGCCUGCGCUACCAAAAGACGGUCAUGUGGUGAUAGAGACCAUCUACGGAAGUAAGGUGCAGUCAACAACUGUCUGUCAGUACGCAGACUUGGACAAUCCAUUUGAAGAUCUAAGAAAUCCAUUUGAAAUUGAGGGAAACACGACGGAGCAUGGAAGUAUAGGGAAAAAUUCCCAUAACAGAAUACUUGGAAUGCUGUCGAAAAAACUUACAAAGAUCGAAAAAGCAGACGAAGAAAAUUCUGAGCUUUUUGCUAAGUUAGAUGAGAAAG